AUGUGGGGGUCGUGCCGACCCGGCCGACCUGGCCCAAACCGCGAGGGUCAUGGAGUACUUGCCGCCGGUGCGCUUCGUGCACAGGCAAUGGCUUCGGGCCCUUGUGUCGAGCCUUGUGCGAAUCCUCCAAUGCAAGAGGUGCAAAUCGAAGAGCAGAUCGUGGAGGUUCCCACGGUGUUGUACCAGGAGAAAGUGGUCGAGGUGCCCAAGAUACAGGAGACGAUCCUUCUAAAGCAAGUUCCGCGGGUUGAGGUUCACUUGUCUCCAAUCAUGGGCACAUUGCGCGUGUUUGAGCCGAUGGCAGCCUUGCUGAUGUUAUGUUGGGCGAGCAGGGCUUUCUUGUGGUGGCCCGUACGAGAGCCGAAAGUUGCACGGUAUGGCUUGGUCGACAAGCUUCGUGCAAAAGGCAAGCGGGCUAAACCGCAGCUCCGCCAGGUGGAUGGACCCGUUCCACUGUCGUCGGCACUGCCGCCAGGUUCCACAGCACCUGAGUUGCGAGCACGCGCACAUCGUUUGAUCGAGGGCCAGCCAGACCUUCUUGACACGGUGACGAAGUCAUCGGACUUCCUUCUCGUGCCCAUGCAGCCAGAGGAUGCUCAAGACUUGGCAGAUCUGCAGGAAGAAUGGUUUCCAAAGGAAUCCUGCAGAGGAGGUGAGCCUUGGUGUGCUCAGCUGCUGCGUCAUCCUGGCGUAAUUGCUUUUAAAGCCACGAUCCCUCAGGAUGAAACAGCUGCUCCAGUUGGCAUUGUUGUGGCCCUUGCAAGCCGCGAGGCUAUAGAGGAGUUUGCUGGUAAAGAUACCGCAGACAUGCUGCGAGUGGACGUGGCACGUCCCAAGUACAUUGCGUGGGACAGUGCCGGUGGCAGAGAGCUUGGCUACGUGCUGAGUCUAGGCAGCCUGGGAGAGCUCCGGCGCCGUGGCCUCGCAUCUGCGCUGCUCCGCCGGGCGAUGAGUGCCCUGCGCACUGCGGCCAAGCCCAGAGAGGAGCUCUUCGGAGGCGCGGGUGGUCCAAAAGACACAUCACUCAGAGCUGUGGCCCUGCACCUCGCAGGCUACAACCGUGUGGCUCGAGCUUGCUACGAACGUGCUGGGUUCGAGCUGCUGAAGGUGCAGGAAGUGACCAAAGAAGUGGCGAGACCAGUCUACGAGGUGACUGAGAAGAUCGUAGAAGUACCCCACGUCUUGAUCCAGGAGCGGAUCGAGGAGGUUCCAAAGAUCGAGUAUGUGAACCUGGUGAAGCAGAUCCCCAAAACUCAGGUAAGGGAGGUGCAAAAGCAGGUCGGUGUGCCGGUCUACCAGUGCCGGGAACGAGUGGUCGAGGUUCCUACUGCAAUGGUUGCUGAGCAGAUGGUCGAGGUCCCCCAAGUUCAUGUCGAGGAGCUUGUGAAGGAAGUACCGCGACCGGAGGUGCAAGUCGUGGCGAAGCCCAUUGAAAAACCAGUCAACGAGUAUGUGGAGAGGGUCGUGGAGAUUCCACAUACGACGAUUCAGGAAUGCAUCGUCGAGGUGCCGAAGGUAGAAGUGCACGAGCUGGUGAAGCAGGUUCCUCGGCAUGAGGUCCAAGUUGUCGACAAGCAGGUGGAGACGGUGGAGGUUCAGUAUGUGGAAAAGCUUGUCGAGGUUCCGCACAUCAUCUACGAGGAGAAGAUCGUGGAAGUGCCCACCGUAGAAGUUCGCGAGGUGAUAAAGCAGGUUUCCAAGCCCGAGGCCGGGAGGUGCAGAUCUCUGAAUGCCGCUGAGGCCUCCAAUGCUAAGUCGCCAAUGGGAGGUGCAGAUCUCUGUGAGGUCGUUUUGCGAGCUUUUGCACCGGCUCCCAGCCUGUAUGGAACGGAAUCGAAGCCUUCGAGUCAAUCUGACACUUCUCCAGAUGCACAGGAUUGCACAGGCCUGAGCAGCUAA